AUGGAGUCAACUCCCCAGACAGGCCCACCCAGAGGCCAAAACCGCCUGCAAUUGGUCAAUUUUGAUAUUCAGGAGAACCACAUUUCUCAUGAGACUCAGGGGCUCAGCAACAAAUACCUGGUGGUCCGGCGAGGGAAGCCCUUCAAAGUAACGCUGAGGUUUCACGGAAGGAUGUGGAACCCAAAACAAGAGUAUCUGGUGCUGCAGGUUGUACUAGGUGAAAUGUCCGCCAAGAUGUUGGUCCGAUUCUACAACAAGGGGUCCGACCCGCACAAAUGGUCAGCAUGGAUCAACCCAGGCGACAUAGGUCAUUGUGUUGUCACCGUCCACAUUUGUGCACCAGUGCUGUCCUCUGUGGCACAGUACCGCCUGAUGGUCCAUUUUGAAGGCGCACACGAGAGAAGCAGCUACGUUGCAGGACUGUUUGUGCUGCUGUGCAACCCUUGGCUCAAGGAGGACCCAGUGUACAUGCCAAAUGAUGCUCAACGAGAGGAAUAUGUCAAGAGUGAUUAUGGCGUGAUUUACAUGGGUACAGACCUCAACUAUAACCAGCGGCCCUGGUUGUUUGGUCAGUAUGAGCCUGGCGUUCUUGAGGCUUGUCUUCAGUUGCUUCAGGUCAGCCCCCAGCACCUAAGCAAUAGGAGAAAAGACUACGCUCUACGAGCAGAUCCGACCUAUCUGAGCAGGGUCAUCUGUGCAAUGGUGAACUCCAAUGAUGACAUGGGUCUUUUGGAGGGGAGGUGGAAGGGCAACUAUAAAGAUGGUGUCAAGCCGACUGAUUGGAGUGGCAGUGCAGACAUCCUUCACCGAUGGAUGGCGUCCAAAGGCAACCCUGUGCGCUACGGACAGUGCUGGGUCUUUGCAUCUGUUUUAUGUACAGUAAUGCGAGUCCUAGGGAUUCCCUCCAGGGUAGUGACAGUGUUUAACGCAGCCCACGAUAGUGAUGGGGACUUGAUUGCUGAAGAGUUUUACUCAAGCACCGGGGAGAGACUCGGACUGUCGAAAGACAGUGUUUGGAACUUCCAUGUUUGGGCGGAGUGCUGGAUGAGGAGGCCUGACAUUGGUGCGCAGUACGCCGGCUGGCAGGUUGUGGACGCGACUCCGCAGGAAAAGAGCGGGGGAGUAUACCGCUGUGGUCCAUGUCCAGUGGUUGCCAUCCAGAGGCGUUUCCUGAACACCCCGUAUGACACCGCUUUUAUUUACGCUUCCGUUGAUGCGGACAUCGUACGCAUGAUAGUGCGGUCUGGUAAGGUGGUAGCGAAGAAGGUGGACACUAAGUGGGUGGGACGCUUGAUCUUCACCAAAAGCAUCGGCUCAGAUGUUCCCGAGGAUCUGACGGAUUCUUAUAAGAAACAGAAAAGACCUAAUGUCCCUGCCAUGGCUCCAUAUGGCAAUUACAGCCCUGUAUGUCAUUCCUCACGCGCUGGUCCGGACAUGCCUGGUCCAUUUGUAGAAGGAUGCUAUGCCUCACAAGCUGUCAUGCCUCAUGCAUCCAUGGCAGAUGUGUCCGGUUUGGACGUAACCUUGACCGUAGAUGGAGAACCGACUGUGGGCAAAAGCAUAGAGCUGACGGUGAAAAUCACAAACCUGUCAAACAGCACACGCCUCCUUAUGGAGCACCUCAACGCUCAGCUUAAGGAAUUCAAUGGUAGCCCAGCGAAAAGCUUCUGGAAAAGCCAUCAAGAACUCUCCAUUCAACCAUUGGAAGAUUUGACACGCCAGCAUUCCAUCUCACCCUCUAAGUACGAGUCGUUUCUGGCGGAUGAUGACAUCGUGAAGAUAUCGGUGGUCAUCAAGGACUUGAAAACCAAAGAGAGAGUGCUGGCUACACAGGACUUCAAUCUACGUUCACCAAAAAUAAAUAUAGAGGUUGAAGGCGGGGACAGCAUCCAGGUGAAGAAAGAGCACACGGCCAUUGUCUCCUUCACCAACGAGCUCAACAAAACUCUGAGUGGCGCUAUUCUCAUUGUGGAGGGCCACGGAUUGUUGCAAGGCAAACAAGAAGCCAGGCUAACUGUCCUGCGUCCAGAUGAGACGAUAGAGAAGAAGGUUGCCAUCAUGGCUUCUUCUCUGGGUACUAAGCUGUUGAGUGCCUCGUUCUCACAUCGCGACAGCUCCAGCGUCAUUUCGAGAUCUUUCCACAAAGUGUUUGUCACCGCACAAUGAUAAUGAACACUUCCUGAACAGUUGAAAGUAUAGAUUUUGACCAGGGAGACCCCUGGUAUGGACAAACAACCAUUCACACUUGCACCCAUGCCCGCAUGCAGACUAUGACUCAAGUGAAACACGACAUUAUUAGUUGUUUUAGUUUUUUACAUGAUCCAUGUUAUUGUUAUUACCAAGACAAUAUUUCAUCCAGUCAGCAUUGUGAGACCAUGCCACUGCCAAGACAUUUUUGCUUAAAAAUGUGUUCCAAAAAUAAAAUAUAAUAACAAUAAGGAGAAAUCAUAACUGACAAGAUUCUAUUAUUCCAAGUGACGACUCGAUAGAAAUAUUAUGAUUCGGAUGCUUGGCCCUGUAACAUUGAUCAUUGCUUUGCUUAAGAGUGUUAUACCUGUUUGUGCCAGUAGAUAGCGGUAUUUAUUCAGACAACUGUCAGGUAGAAUCCAUUCCUUUUUUUGACCUCAGGCCAGUGAAUGGCGAAUUUUGCCAAAAUUAAAAUUAGACUUAUUGCUCUCAAGUCCCAAGUCUGCACCAAAUGAUUUCCGUUUAUGUGGGAAUGCGUGUAUUAUUAUUGUUGUCCACUUGAGGUCGCCAUCCUCGCAGGAACUAAAAGUUUCAU